AUGCAACAACCCACCCAACAUGAAACUAUCAUCUCCGGCCUUGGUAACGAAGAGUUGGAAGAGGAAGGGGAUGAAGAUGACACUGGAAGUGGCACAUAUGAGGACGCCAUCAGCGGUCGCUGGGGAGAAGGCCCUUCGCAUGUCGAUGUUGUUGGAGCUGAGAAUGAUUACAGAAAAUUGAAACGCGAGCUUACAAGACGCUCGUCUAUUUACAGAGUCCAGGCUGGCGAAAAGGCUGAGGCUGCUGGCGACUUUGAUUUAACUGAAUAUCUGCAGGAGGUCGUACCUCGAGCUCAGCAAGCAGGUAUCAAACGUCGCAAUCUCGGUGUUGUUUGGGAAGACCUUGAAGUUCUCGGCGAAGGUGUUGGUGCCCGGCAUAUUACUACGUUCGCUGAUCCCUUUAUUGGCAUUUUCAAUCUGAUUAAUCCGAUAUUCUGGGCGAGGAAGUGUUCCUCACGUGGCUCCAAGCAAUCCAAAAUUAUCACCCGCACCAUCAUUCAUCCUAUGAAUGGCUUUUGCUGUGAUGGGGAGAUGGUGUUGGUCCUCGGCCGUCCUGGCGCUGGAUGUUCUACUUUGCUGCGUGUUCUCGCUAAUGACCGCAAGAAUUACAAAAAAAUCAACGGGGAGGUCACAUACGGGCCUUUCUCUGCGGAGGAGAUCCAGAAGCAUCAUCGUGGGGAGGUUUCGUACAACCAAGAAGAUGAUUUCCAUUACCCUACUUUGACCGUGCGACAGACCCUUGAGAUGGCACUCAAGACAAAAACGCCUUCCAAGCGCCUGCAGCACCACCGCAGAGACUUUGUAAGAGAGCUCCUUGAUGUCCUCACGAAGAUGUUUGGUCUCACUAAGCAAGUCGACACUAUCGUUGGUAACGCCUUCAUCCGAGGUGUUUCAGGAGGAGAGCGCAAGCGUCUUUCCAUUGCUGAACAGAUGGCAACACGAUCUGUUGUCAACAUGUGGGAUGGCUCUACUCGUGGUCUUGAUGCGUCCUCGGCGCUGGAUUACGCCAAAUGUUUGCGUAUCCAAACUAACCUGCUUCGUAAAGCGACAUUCGUCACCAUCUACCAAGCUUCUGAGAACAUCUAUGACCUCUUCGAUAAGACCCUGCUUCUGUACGAGGGUCGAUGCAUUUAUUUCGGUCCUGCCAAUGAGGCUCGUCAGUACUUCAUUGACCUCGGUUUCAAGUGCCCUCCCCGUCAGACUACUGCUGACUUUCUGACUGCAAUUACUGAUCCUAAUGAGCGCCGUCCUCGCCCUGAAUUUUAUGGACGUGUGCCCCGUACGCCCAAAGAAUUUGAGGAUACGUUCAAGGCUUCGCAAUUCUACGCAAUAGCUGAAAGACAGCGCAUUGAAUAUCAGAAUGAAGUCCAUGAAAGGAGCCUUGCCGAGGGUUAUAAAGAAGCGGUCAAGCAAACCAAGCAGAAGCAUGUUUCAGUCCACACUCCUUAUACGAUCAACUUUGUUAGUCAAGUCAAAGCUUUGACCGUGCGCCAAUACCAGCUUACUAUGGGAGACUUGACCUCCGUAUUUUCUCGCUAUGCAUCCAAUGUUAUCAAAGCCAUCAUUGUCGGAAGUGUCUUCUUCCUCUUGCCUUUGUCUGCUAACGGUGCCUUCACCCGUGGAGGUGUUUUGUUUUUUGCUCUACUCUUCAACGCCUUGAUCUCCCAAGCCGAGCUCCCCACGGCACUGCAGGGGCGCCCAAUUCUGUACAAACAUAAGGGUUUCGCGAUGUACCGACCAUCAGCUUUUGUGAUUGCGCAGGUUUGCAUCGAUAUCCCUCUUGUGCUUCUCCAGAUCCUGCUGUUCUCCGUCGUGCUAUAUUUCAUGUCUGGGCUACAAAGGACGUUUGUCAAAUGGUUGUUAUUCUGUAUCAUUUUGUUUCUCUGCGCAAUGUGCAUGACAGCAUUCUUCCGGAUGUGGGCUGCUAUGUCUGCGACGUUCAAUGCCGCUUCACGUAAUUCGGGCUUGAUUCUCUUGGCUCUAGUUCUGUACUGUGGAUACCUGAUUCCUUACCAAUCUAUGCACCCAUGGUUCAUCUGGAUCUUUUGGAUCAACCCGCUCUCAUAUGCCUUCAAGGCCUUGAUAUCUAACGAAAUGAAAGGCUUGAAAUUUAAUUGCGCCGGCCCAGCCAUGGUUCCCAGUGGCCCUAGUUAUAAUGACAUCAACUAUCAAGUUUGCACACUCGCUGGCUCCAAACCCGGCACUACUGUUGUUGAUGGUUCUGAUUACCUUUACGCCUCUUAUCGCUACAAGACCUCCGAGAUGGGUCUUGAUAUCCUUGCCGUUAUUUUGUUUUGGCUUCUGUUUGUUUCUAUCACCUGCUGGGCCAUGGAGAAAAUUGAAUUCGGGAAGGGUGGCUUCAGUACUAAUAUUUACAAGAAGGGUACUCAUUUGAACAGCGGCAAAGCCCAUAGUGAUAAGGCCAGUUCCGCCCUCGAGAUCAAGGACAUGGCUAAAGGAUCAACAUUUACAUGGGAGAACCUUGAUUAUGUUGUCCCGUACAAGUUCGACCCCUCAGGACAAAAACAGUUGCUCUGCAACGUUGCUGGCCUUGUCAAGCCUGGAACCAUGACCGCCCUUAUGGGUUCUUCAGGAGCAGGAAAGACUACACUUUUGGAUGUACUUGCUCAACGCAAGAACAUCGGCACUGUUACUGGAGACGUUGAGGUGAAUGGUGAGCCCCUUCGCCGCGACUUUCAGCGUACGACUGGCUACUGUGAGCAGCUCGAUGUGCACAUUCCUGAGUCUACUGUGCGCGAGGCACUUCAAUUUUCUGCAUAUCUGCGCCAGCCCGCUAAUGUGUCUAUAGCUGAGAAAGAUGCCUACGUCGAAGAAAUCAUCAAAAUCCUUGAGAUGGAAAGCAUUGCUGACGCCAUCAUCGGUACUACUGAGUCCGGUCUUGGUAUUUCUGUUGAGGAGCGAAAGCGCUUGACUAUUGGUGUGGAAUUGGUCGCUAAACCGGAGCUGCUCUUCUUGGACGAGCCCACCUCUGGUUUGGAUGCUCAAGCCUCAUACAACAUCAUGCGUUUCAUGCGCAAGCUGACAGACCAGGGUCAAGCCAUUCUUUGUACCAUUCAUCAACCUUCAUCGCAGCUAUUCGCGUUCUUUGAUGACUUGCUUCUGUUAGCUAAAGGCGGAAAGACUGUCUUCUUUGGCCACCUUGGUCAGGAUUCGGAGCUUCUGAUCAAGUACUUUGAAAAGAACGGUGCUCCUAAGUGUGCUUCCGAUGCUAAUCCUGCAGAAUACAUUCUCGAUGUCGUCAACGCUCGUCACGCUGGCCUCAAUUGGCCCGAAAUCUGGGAAGCUUCUCCUGAGAAGCAGGAGCUUUUGGCUGGCAUCAAGGCUACUCGAAAGCAUAACAAGCAUGAUGAUACUCUCGAGUACGCAUCGGAUACUAAGACUCAGUUCAAGUAUGUCUUUAAGCGCAUGCAACGAACUUACUGGCGUCUACCCCAGUACAACUUUGGUCGUAUUUUCAUGAUGAUUGUUUUUGCGCUGUUGAACGGGUUCUCGUUCUUCCGCUUGGGUACGUCCAAGGUUGAUCUGCAGUCUCGUGUCUUUGUCAUUUUCCAGAUUAUGGUCAUGACAGCUCUGCUUGUUAACAUGGUUGAGCCCCGAUUUCAUAUGGAACGCCAGUGGUUCUACCGUGAAUUGGCCGGCAAAUACUAUGGCUGGAAGGCCUUCGCUUUCUCUAUUCUCCUUGUUGAAAUACCCUACGUCUUAUUAUCAGCUACGAUUUUUUUCUUGGUCUUCUACUGGACAGUUGGAUUUGUAACAGAUUCGCUCUUGACGUUCUACACAUGGCUGCUCAUAAUUGUGUUCUGUUUAUUCGCUAUUACACUUGGACAAGCUAUUGCAGCGUUUACGCCCACGACAACUGUUGCCGCACUCCUGAAUCCAUUCAUUUUCAGUACUCUCAACCUUUUCUGUGGUGUCAUGAUGCCUUUUGGAAGCAUGCCUCGGUUCUGGUCUUCUUGGAUGUACUGGCUCGACCCUUAUCACUAUGUGAUUGAGGGACUAGUUACUGUGCAGCUGAAUGGUGUGCGCGUUGAAUGUAAGAAUGAUGAAUACUCGGUCUUUAACACACCAUCAGGCCAGGCAUGUAGCCAAUAUGCUGCCGCAUUCAUGAAGACUGCAACUGGAUAUAUUAACAACCCUGAUGCUACGUCCAACUGCCAGUAUUGUCAGUACAGCAAGGGUGAGGAUUUUUACCAUGGCCUUAACAUGGAUUACGGGCAUCGUUGGAGAAAUUUGGGUAUUAUGUGUAUCUAUCUUGUAUUUAAUAUUAUUAUGGUUAUUAUUGGUGUUCGCUUCGUAAGAUGGAACCGUCGAUAA